AUGGCCAAUAGUCUUGAAGUUUACAGUUGCAAGGUGUGUACUAAGACAUUUUCACGAUUAUGCAAACUUAACUCUCACAUGCAUGAGCACACGACAGAGAAAUCUCACAUAUUCUGGGAUAUAUUUUCUCCGUUGCCAGAUUACACUCAUACUCAGCAGUAUGGAGAGAGAAAAUCUCUUGCUUGUACAGUUUGUACUGAAAGCUGUGUAAAUGAAGUUGACUAUGCACGGAAUAUGCAGCUAAUUCACGAGGACGAAGCAAAAGAUCAAAUUUUCAAGCUUAAAAAAGUCAAGAGACGAGGCGCUAAGAAGAAAGCACAAAUUAAUACAUAUGAAGGCCCUUCCUAUUUGAUUCGAAAUGUGGGUGAGGUGAAUGUUGAUAGAAUUAGUUUUGAAUGUGAUGCACAACAUUACGGAGUGAGAAAACCUUUUUCUUGUACAGUUUGUAAUGAAAGCUUUGAAAGUGAAGCUGACUUAGAAACACAUUUCCAGCUAAGUCAUGAAGACAAAGAAAUAGUGGAAACUUUGAAGACUAAGGUGCCAAGUAACAGCUCAAACAAAGUCUAUUUUGAAUGUGAAGUGUGUAAGCAGAGACUAACGCAGAAAUCAUCUCUUAGAAGUCAUCUAAGAAAACACACUGGAGAAAGACCUUACAAAUGUAAAGAUUGCAAGAAAACAUUCACAUUUUAUCAGUGUCUUUGGAAUCACGCAAGAAAGCACACAGGUGAAAAACGUUUCAAGUGUGAUCAGUGCACGAAAAGAUACGUGUACUAUCAAAGUCUGUGGUGCCAUAAAAAGCUUCAUUCGAGUGAAAAGCCAUUUGUGUGUGACAUUUGUGGUAUUAAGUUUGCGUUGUCUCGCCGUCUUAAGUGUCAUUUAAGGCAACACACAAAUGAGGAGAUACAUGCAAACGAUGAAAAAGAAAUUCGUCAUGGCGAUUCUGAAGUUUCUGUUAAGAUUCAUUUGGGUGUGAAACCUUUUGAAUGCAUGGUGUGCAAGAGGAGAUUCGGUUCUAAUUCAUCUCUUCAGAGUCACAAAAUGCAACACACUGAUAAUAGAUCAAAUGAAUCCAAAAUCCUUAAGAAAGUUUCAAAAGAAUCACAAAACAUGGUAAAAUCAGCAAGACUUAAACUUAAAAAGCUUAAGCAGUGUGAUAUAUGUAACAAGAUAUUUACUUAUACAAAAUGCCUUAUAAAGCAUCUUGAAAAGCAUGAAAUUGAUAAAUGUUAUAAAUGUGAUGUUUGUGGAAAGGAGUUUGCAAAAUAUGCUGCAUUGAAAACUCAUUUAAGUUUACACACAGGAGAAAGACCUCAUGUGUGUUUGGUAUGUGGGAUGUCUUUCAUCGAAUAUUUUAGCCUUUGGAAGCACAAGAGAGAGCAUACAAGAGACAAAACCUACGCAUGUGGUGUAUGUGGCAAAAUAUUUUCACAGUUAUCUAAUUUAAAUAGUCAUGUUCGAGUUCAUACACCUGAAGAUCUAAAUGGAGGCACUAAGAGAUCUGAUUUGCAUCAUGAACUCAAAACUUGCAAGAAGGCACCUGAAGAAAUGAAGUUUCAAUGCAAGAUUGACGAGAACAAGAAAGAGAACUCGACUCGCCACAGAACACAGGCAUUGAAGCGCAUUGCUUCAGGUAAGAAGCUCUUUGCAUGCAAGGAUUGUGAACGCAAAUUCAAACGUAAGGGUUGGUUGACUCGUCAUUACAGUACAGUACACAAGCACAGAAAUGAGAAUUACAACAAUAAGAAAUACACGUGUGAACAGUGUGGGGCAGUUUUUGCUUCAGAAGAUGAUAUUAUCAAUCACCAAAAAUGUUUAAAUUGCAUGAAGUGUGGCAAGGAAUUUAAGUGCAGUUACUUAUUUUGCUUCCAUAAUAGUCCACAUCUUUGCCAGAGUUCAUCUCAGGAGUUUGGUGACAUGAAUGAAGGUAGUGAGAAACCUUUAAGAGAAAAUUAUUCGAUUAAUGCUGUAAAUGAAAUUAAGGAAACGCUAGGCAUGGACAAUAUUUACCCACGGAAUCAAGAAGAACUUGACAGCCUAGAUAGCGAGGUGGUAGAUGAACUUGAUUACCAUAUUGUUGUAAGUUCAAAUGCUGUUGAAGAGAUCAGUGAACCUCAAGCACUUCCUGAUGCAGCUAUCUAUUCAGAUUAUGGAAACUGUAUAGAAACAUGCAACAGCUCCGGAGAAUGGUUAAGGUUUGAGUAUAAAUCUGUUUUACCUGCAAUUAAUAAUACCAAUAUUGGCAACAGAAUGAGUAUGAGUGAGUGGGAAAAUAUGUAUAUAAUUGAAAACACUGCCAGUACCCCGCAGGAAUGGGGGGUGUGGGAGGUGCCUUAUGCUAAUAAAGCCCCAUGCACAUAUCACCACAUGGAACACUAUGCUAAUAAUGGAACUCAUCCAUGUGUCAUAUGUGGUCUGGUUUUCUCCACGGUAACUGACCUCACUACUCAUGCUAUGGGUCACAUAACAAUUGUAUAA